AUGGCAUCCGAUAUCACGAACCAACUAGCAAUUACGACUCUCAACGAUCCACAACCUUCAGAUGCAAACUGGAAAGAUGGCCUCAAAAUACCAUCGAAAGACAGCCGGGUGCAGACUGAAGACGUCACAGCAACCAAAGGCCUCGAGUUCGAAGACUUCUAUAUCAAACGAGAGCUGAUGAUGGGGAUAUUUGAGGCUGGCUUUGAGAAGCCUUCACCGAUUCAGGAAGAGACUAUCCCAGUGGCGCUUACCGGACGAGAUAUCCUUGCGCGAGCGAAGAAUGGGACCGGCAAGACCGCCGCGUUUGUUAUCCCUACUUUGGAACGGAUCAACCCAAAGAGCACCAAGACUCAGGCGCUCAUUCUCGUACCUACCCGAGAACUGGCGCUACAAACGUCGCAAGUGUGUAAGACGCUGGGGAAGCAUCUCGGAAUCAACGUCAUGGUCACAACAGGUGGCACCGGUCUGAAAGACGACAUCAUCCGUCUUGGCGAGACAGUCCACAUCAUCGUUGGAACACCGGGCAGAAUUCUCGAUCUUGCGAGCAAGGGCGUCGCGGAUCUAUCGGCUUGUCAGACCUUCAUCAUGGACGAGGCAGAUAAGCUGCUGUCACCGGAAUUUACUCCCGUCAUCGAGCAACUCUUGGCAUUCCAUCCCAAGGAUCGCCAGGUUAUGCUUUUCAGUGCCACCUUCCCUAUCGUGGUGAAGAGCUUCAAGGACAAGCACAUGAACUCGCCCUACGAGAUCAAUCUCAUGGACGAGCUCACUCUACGUGGUAUCACUCAGUAUUAUGCUUUUGUUGAAGAGAAGCAGAAGGUACACUGCCUCAACACGCUCUUCAACAAGCUUCAGAUCAAUCAGUCAAUCAUCUUCUGUAACUCCACCAACCGCGUGGAGCUGCUUGCGAAGAAGAUUACAGAACUCGGAUAUUCUUGCUUCUACUCGCACGCUCGCAUGUUGCAACACGCCCGAAACCGCGUCUUCCACGACUUCCGGAAUGGCGCUUGUCGCAACCUUGUAUGCUCUGACCUCCUUACUCGUGGUAUCGAUAUCCAAGCUGUCAACGUCGUCAUCAACUUCGAUUUUCCCAAGAACGCAGAGACGUACUUGCAUCGCAUUGGCCGUUCAGGCCGUUUUGGGCAUUUGGGUUUGGCUAUCAACCUGAUCAAUUGGGAUGACCGGUUCAACCUAUACAAGAUCGAGCAGGAACUCGGCACGGAAAUCCAACCUAUCCCGCAGACCAUCGAGAAGAAGCUCUACGUCUAUGAGUCCCCCGAGAAUAUUCCCCGACCCAUCUCCAGCGCGCCUGCUCAGAACCAGCAACAAGAGGAGGAUGGCGCAAGGCGUUCGAAUCAGCGACAAGGUGACAACAGGCAGGGUUUCCAGCAGAACCAGAAUCAGAAUCGGCGCGGUGGUCGAUACCAAGGUCAGCCACGAGGACCGCCUCGCAAUCAGAAUCAGCAAGGGCAAUUAAACGGCUUCAACGGGCAGCGAACUCCGCGGCCAGCUCCCCCACCUCAGACCUAG